CACACCAAGUACGGCAUCAGAGAUUCUGUCUCUUGCUUAAAGACCUUUACAUCGCUUCUCAGGACCGGAGCCACAUCAUUUGCUCCAGUUGUUCAACCUGACUGGACCAAAUACCGUUACCGUGCUCUGGACAGCCAUCAGCCGAUGUGCCAACAUGAAAGGCAUUCGGCUCUAUUAUCCACGUUUUUACCCAACUCUCGUGCUCCACAAGCACCAUCUGGCGAACAUGCACCGUUUCAGAAUCUAACUCACAUAACCCCGCGGUGCCACGUUGUGUCAAAGAGAUACUCCCAACCAAGCUCUUGCUCUCCUACCGGGUCCUCACCCGUGAGUCCACAACGCUCAAACAGACGUCGUCGUCGCACAUCAGGCUCUCCAUCUUCCCAUACCGAUCCAAUCAUUGGCCAAGUCACCCUAGCGGGAAAGUUCAAGUGUCUCAACGAAGCCUGUCUCGACGAUAGUGACGAUCUUACCUUCAAUCGCCACGCUGACUUCAAGCGCCACCACGACAACAUCCAUGCGCGUCGUUCGAUUGAGUAUUUUUGCCCAGAGUCCGGCUGCGCGCGCUCAAGAAAUCCAGUAGGUGGCAAAAAAGGUCGGGGGUUUCGAGGAAGGAAGGAUAAGAUGAACGAGCAUCACAAAGCAGUUCAUCAUAAAGAGGGCAAGAAGCGGAAGAAGAGUGAAGAGGAUGAUGACAGCAUCGAAGAUCAGGGUUGUGAUGACGGUGGCGGGUCCCGAAAGCUGAAAGCCACGCGUACGUCUGCAGUAUCGUAAGCAUCGCGUUGAUAGCGGGCCUUCACCUCAUACACUCUAGGCUUUGCGGCAUUUUUAGAGGCUAUCCUCUCGUUUCUGCACCUUUUGUCAUGAUC